AUGAAGGUUGAAAACAGCGAUGUGCCCACAAUAUUCAACCCACGGAAGCCUAGACUUUCGCAAAGUAAUGCCGUGCUGACGUCAGACCACAGGCCUUAUGGUCCUUUCUCGCACGUGCUGUCCAGAAGUGAAUCUCUGUGUCAGCAAGAAGAUGUGGAACAAGUGGAACAGUGCCAGCGGAGGCAGUUGGGCGUGUUCAAGAGGCUGAAGAACAAAUGCUGUUCGAAACAUGCGAGGAAGGUAUACUACGGUUUGUGCGUCACUUUUUUCGUCACCGCGUCUUGGGUUGGUGCCACUCACGCUAUCAAGUACCUGUAUAUGUAUCAUCCGACCAAAUAUCCGGUGCUCACUGGCAGCGGGUUCAACUUUUCAUCCAUUCACCAACAAACGCUGAUGACGUACAACGCGCCAUUCUUCACCACGUGGUUUUGUACAAACUGGACAGUGCUGUUCUUCCCGCUGUACUUCUUCUGUCAGCUGGGCAGCCCCAACUACCAGACACCCACCGACAUACUCGGAGAGAGCGUCCGAAAUUUCCGGGACCGUGGGUUCACCGCCGCACACUUCCUGACGCGAUGCUGUAUGUUUUGCAUGCUCUGGGUGUUCACCAACUACCUGUACAUACAUGCGCUCAGCAUACUCGUGGCCACCGACGCCCUGGCCUUGUUCGCCAUCAACGUGUGCUGCGUUUACCUGCUGUCUUGGGUCAUACUCCACGACCAGUUCGUCGGCGUCCGGAUCGUGGCUGUCAUCCUGUGCAGCACAGGGGUGGCUUUACUCGCCUACAUGGACGCCGGAAUUACGAACAAAAAGAAGACCAUGACCGGGGUUCUGUUAGCGGCUUUAGCUGCUGCCGGGUCAGCUGUAUAUAAAGUCAUGUUCAAAAAAAUGAUCGGCGAUGCUACUUACGGUCAAGUGUCGCUAUUUUUUUCGCUCAUAGGCCUUUUGAACGCCGCACUCCUCUGGCCAGUGUGUUUAGUUUUGUACUUUUCCGAAGUCGAAAUACUUCAUUGGGACCGUUUGCCUUGGAUGAUACUAUUAUCGGCCAGCACACUGUCAUUGGUCGCGAACUUACUGGGAAAUUUGAGCGUUGCGUUCACUUACGACAUUUUCAUUACGUUCGGACUAAUCACCGCUGUUCCCGUGUCUGCAGCCAUUGACAUAACCAUACACGAUGUACAGUUUUAUGGUAUGAAACUUGCUGGCAUCAUACUUAUAUCGAUCGGUUUCUUAUUGGUCAUGUUUCCUAACAACUGGCCAGAAUACAUUUUUCGAUUGCUCAGGAAUAUAAUACUACUGAGUCAUAGCGCUAGGUGGAGCCGGAAGAACCGGGGACUGCCACCCAACCCACCCAAAGUGGAAAUCGACUACAGGACCGGGUACAUCCGGUCGCAUUUGCGAUCUCCGUCCGGUCGGGUCAGGUGA